GCUCGGCUGAGAGAGAGACAGACAAACACAAGUGCUGUGGAUCCGAAAGUGACCUUCUGAGAGUCGAUACCGGGAGAAGAUCUCUGCAGCCUCUUUCAUGAAACCUCUUUACCUUCUCAUCAAUUUCGGAGUCUGCGCUGCGUUUUAGUCCAGAGCGCACCUCCGUGUCUGACUCAACGAUGAGCUCCGUUGGGAAAACCUGCGUGUUUCUGUUGCUGCUCAAAAGUGUCCUGUCGGACCCUGGAGCCACGAACCAAGUGGUUCUGUUGGACACUACAACAGUGCUGGGAGAACUGGACUGGAAGACCUAUCCUGUCAAUGGGUGGGAUGCGAUCACAGAGAUGGACGAGCAGAACAGACCCAUUCACACCUUUCAGGUCUGCCACGUGAUGGAGCCAAACCAGAACAACUGGUUGCGGUCUGGAUGGAUCCAGCGGCAGGCGGCACAGAGGGUCUACGUGGAGAUGCGUUUCACACUGAGGGACUGUAACUCCAUCCCCUGGGUGUCUGGCACCUGUAAGGAAACCUUCAACCUGUUUUAUCUGCAGACAGAGGAGUCUCUCCCCGCGGCGACAAGGUUUCGCCCUCUCGACUAUGCCAAGGUGGACACCAUCGCGGCAGAUGAGAGUUUCACACAGACAGAUCUGGGAGACCGUGUGCUCCGCCUCAACACGGAGGUCAGGGAGGUGGGGCCCGUGACACAGAAGGGCUUCUACCUGGCGUUCCAGGACGUGGGCGCCUGUAUUGCUCUUGUGUCCGUGAAGGUCUUCUACAAACGCUGCCCAUCGACUCUACGGAACCUAGCAGCCUUUCCCAACACGGUGCCGCACAUGGACUCGUCCUCUCUGGUGGAGGUGAGGGGAGCCUGUGUGGAGAAUGCAGAAGAAAGGGACACACCCAAACUGUACUGUGGCGCUGAUGGCGACUGGCUGGUUCCAUUGGGCCGCUGUGUCUGCAGCAUAGGCCACGAGGAGACGGACGGCUACUGCCGGGCCUGUAGGCCUGGAUCCUUCAAGGCGUUCGCCGGGAACACUAAAUGCUCCAAGUGUCCUCUGCACAGCUCCAGCCAUGACCAGGCGGCCACCAUGUGUCACUGUGAUAAAGGCUUCUACCGGGCCAUUAAGGACCCCUCCACUCUGCCCUGCACAAGGCCUCCGUCAGCUCCCAGGAACCUGGUCUCAUUGAUCAAUGACACGGCGCUCUUCCUGCAGUGGAUGCCUCCCGGUGAUACAGGCGGAAGGAAGGACCUCACUUACAACAUCUUGUGCCAGCGCUGUGACGGAGGCGACGGCGACAGUGGCGUGACUCAGUGUGAGCCGUGCGAGGCCGAUCUGCGCUUUAUCCCACGGCCACAUGGUCUGACCGGAACCUCUGUGGCCAUACUGGAUUUUGCGAUGCACACCAACUACACUUUCCACGUAGAGGCCAUGAACGGUGUGGCCGGGCUGGGCGUGGCCCCGCGCUCACUGGCCAAUAUUACCGUCAACACGCAUCAAGCCGGUCCAGCUCUGGUGGGCGUCAUCAGAAAGGACUCGGCCACUCAAACCAGCAUCGCUCUCUCCUGGUCAGAAGUGGAACUGCCUCCUUCCGACAUAGUGGAUUACGAGAUCAAGUACUUUGAGAAGGAUCAAGAGCAGCUGAGCUACUCAUCGACACGCACCAAGUCCCCCAGCGUGGUGGUCACAGGCCUCAGACCAUCCACUGUGUAUGUCUUCCACGUGCGCGCUCGCACUGCUUCUGGUUACACCGCUUACAGCCCCAACUUUGAGUUCGCCACCGCAUUAGAGGAUCUCGAUAUCGCUGAUCAGGGUCAAGUUCUGGUGGUCGUCACUGCGUCUGUAGGAGGUUUCUCCCUGUUGGUUAUCCUCACCCUCUUCCUCCUCAUCACUGGACGGUGUCAGGGCUACAUUAAAGCCAGGAUGAAGUCAGAGGAGAAGAGGAGGACUCGCUUCCGCAGUGGACAUGUCCCCUUUUCUGGAAUAAAGACGUACGUGGAUCCAGACACGUAUGAAGACCCCACUCAGGCUAUGGAGGAAUUUGCCAAAGAGAUAGACCCCUCGUAUAUCUGCAUCGAAAGAGUGAUCGGUACAGGUGAAUUUGGAGAAGUGUGCAGUGGUCGUUUGCGUGUCCCUGGAAGGAUGGACAUCGCCGUGGCAAUUAAGACACUGAAAGGCGGUUAUAUGGAUCAACAGAGGAGAGACUUUUUACGCGAGGCCUCGAUCAUGGGACAGUUCAACAACCCCAACAUCAUCAGGCUGGAGGGGGUCGUCACUAACAGCAGACCAGUGAUGAUAGUGGUGGAGUACAUGGAAAAUGGAGCACUUGACUCUUUCCUGCGGACUCGUGACGGCCAGUUCACAGUGCUCCAGCUGGUCGGCAUGCUGCGGGGCAUCGCAGUGGGCAUGGACUACCUCUCAGAUAUCGGUUACGUUCACAGAGACCUUGCCGCCCGCAACAUCCUGGUGGACGACAACUUGGUGUGUAAAGUGUCCGAUUUUGGGAUGUCCAGAAUCCUUGAAGACGACAGUGAAGCAGCCUACAAUGCAACAGGAGGGAAGAUACCGAUACGCUGGACGGCUCCGGAGGCCAUCGCUUAUGGAAAGUUCUCUUCAGCGAGCGAUGUGUGGAGCUACGGCAUUGUCAUGUGGGAAGUUAUGUCCUAUGGCGAGAGGCCCUACUGGGAGAUGUCCAAUCAAGAUGUCAUCUUAUCUAUUGAAGAGGGCUACCGCCUGCCAGCACCGAUGGGCUGCCCCGUGACACUUCACCAGCUGAUGCUGCACUGCUGGCAGAAGGAGUCCAGCCUGCGGCCACGCUUCGGCGACGUGCUCUCUUUCCUUGAAAAACUCAUAGUCAAUCCCAGCAGCCUGCUGACGUUGGUGAAUGAUGUUCAGAGUUUUUCCGAGUCUCCGGAGGACAUGCCAGACUACCCCCUGUUCAUCUCCAUCGGGGACUGGCUCGACUCCAUCAAAAUGUGCCAGUACAAGAACAACUUCCUGGCAGCGGGAUACACAACACUGGAUUCCAUUUCAACCAUGAGUAUAGACGACAUCAGGCGUAUUGGGAUCUGUUUGAUUGGUCACCAGAGGAGAAUCAUAAGCAGCAUACAGUCUCUGCGCCUGCAGCUUCACCACAUCCAACAGAGUGGCUUUCAAGUGUGAGGCCACUCCACAAAGACAGACUUUAAAAGUGUGUGUGUGUGUGUAUGUGCGCAGGUGUGCACUGAGCUGGAGACAAACCAAUGCUCCAACACCAGACAUUUUGGUGUAACUGACACCGCUUGUGCUUGUGAGAAAGGAGUCCAUCACUAGACCACAUCUGGUCUAGAUAAAACACACUCAUCAUCGUAUGGCUCAUUAUCAACACAGCCUCCACAACAACCAACCUCUGUCUGCGUGGGCCAAAUGCGGUCUCUGUGUUAUCUCAGCUAUCACGAGCAUUCACUUGAAUUUAGGACGUCUUCUCUCCAGUGUCCAUUCAAGUGUCCACUGAUACCUCUUCUCUCUCCAAGUGACAAUCCGAUGGUUUCUAUGGACUUUGAAAGGUCUAGUGUCUGUGACCUCAUGACCAGAGAAGAUGUGGAUGUACCAAGGUCACAUGGGGAUCAGAGUGGGAUUUUAGUAGCAACCUUUCCAGCUGGUUUAUGAAUCGCUUCACCAGUAAUAAAGAUUGACAGAAGGAUGAAUACAAUCAUGUUUUUUGAACUGAAGACCGCUGAAUGUCAAAAAGAUUUUAUAGAGAUGUGUACGUUCUAUCCUCAUGAUAAUGCAGUAUGUCUUGUACAAAGAGUCUUGUGAAAGUCGUACGUUUUAUUCAGUAUGUUUGUUCCUUAAUAAACAAGCCUAUUUUAAUAGUUGGUUUUCUCUCAGACUCAAACCAGCUCAGGCACCAGACUAUCAGUCAGGUAACCAUGGACGCACAGAGUCUCUCAAACACACACUCACACAUGCACAAUGACGUUGUCGUCUUAAUUGUCACUCAAGGGACUGACACGUUUUCUGGACAUCAAGAGUAUUGUCAAGCGAUUUGUCAAACAGUUGCUGGGAGGUUAAUUAUGAAAGGCUCGAUGGUAAA